AUGAAUAAGUCACCUAUCAAUACAAAUAUACAGUCGGGUAGUGGUACUACUACGACGACGACGACGAUUACUACUGCACCAACAGCAACACCUAAAAAGUCAACAUCAUCAUUAUCAUUCUCAUCGACAUCUGUCAAUAAUACAGCUCAACAACAACAACAACCAAUCUACCCUCCAACAUCAAAUAUAACUCAAUUUGCACCAUUUGAUCAAUAUCUAUUGGCUCUUACCAGUCAAGAUCAUAGAACUAGGGUAGAAGCAAUACUCUACCUGCAAUCAUAUCAUCUACCACUAAACAAUCAAGAGAAUGGAUUCGAUCUAGUGUACACUGUCAAGAAACAACUAUCAUCUGAACAAGACAAGAAUAUCAGAGUUCAAUUGGUUGGUCUACUUAAAUCACUUGCUUUGGAUCCUUUUGUUGAAUCAACAUCUAUCAUUCAUUACUUGUUAUCAACUGUUAUCAAGAAUGUACAUACUUCUAAAAAAGUAAUAUGUGCAUCACUUAUUGCAAUUCGAUCGGUUGUCCAAUCAAAGAAUCUAAAGUUAUCAUUAUUGAUUUCAUCGUCUAUACAACCACUAUUAAAUCAUCCAAAUCCACUCAUUAGAAAGGAAUGUAUUUUAAUAUUUGGUCAUUUGGUAAAGACAUCUGAAGAGUUGGAUGAAAUACAAAUGAUUCUUGUAAACUUUUUAAGAGAUCCUGAUUUUAGAGUAAGAGAGGCUUCUCUUAGAUCACUGUCAUUAUUAUUUUAUAGAUGUCAUAAUCUAUCAAUUAACAAGAUUUAUCAACAAGCAACAUUAUUAUUAGUAGAUUCAUUUGAACAAGUUAGAUUAGAAUGUAUAAAGUUAUUAUGGAUAUUUAGUAAUGUAUUUCCAAAUCAUAUAUUGGGAACUAUCAAUGAUAGGAAAAAGAGUGAUAAGAUUAGAUUGGUUGAUGAUGUAUUUAAAAAGAUAUGUAAUGCUGUAAAUGAUCCUUCUGUUGUAGUUAGAAAUUGUGCAUGUAAAUUAUUAGGAUGUAUUUAUGAUGUAUCAUUACAUUAUUUAAUUCAAACACUUAGUAAAGAAAUAUUAUUCGAUCAUGAUAACAAGGGAAGAAAGAAAUUUCAAAUUGGGCACAGUCGAUAUAGUAAUGCAGGUAAAAAUCAAAAGCAACAACAACAACAAGUUUUAUCACCUCUGCAACAACAAUUACAACAACAGCAACACCAACAACAACAGCAACAACAGUAUACCACUAUUCAAGUGCCAGAAGGAGAUAUUGACUUUAUGGCAUCUACCGACUCAUCGCUAAGUCUUGUCGAUGCUGGUGCAACAGGUGCAUUUAUUCAAGGUUUGGAAGAUGAAUUUUAUGAAGUUAGAUCAUCUGCAAUUGAUAGCAUGUGCGAACUCAGUCUAAGAAAUAAUGAAUUUGCACAAAAGAAUAUAGAUUUCUUGGUCGAUAUCUUUACAGAUGAAAUUGAAUCGGUUCGAAUCAAUUCGAUCAAUAGUUUAAGAAAAAUUGGUAAAACUAUCACUAUUAAAGAGGAUCAGUUACAUAUUAUUUUGGCGUCAUUGGAUAAUUCAAGUCAAGCUGAAAGACAAGCCAUUCAUCGAUUAUUGACAACUAUACACUUGACCAAUUUUUCAUGUUUACAUGCCACCGUACAAGCACUUUUGGUGAACCUUCAAAAAUACCCCAGAGAUAUGUACUCUAUCUUUGAAUGUCUCUAUAAAGUUGCAACCAAAAAUCAAUUUACUGAAUUUAUUGCAGAGGAUCUAUUACGUAUUGAUUCUAAAUUUGCUUCGGUUGAACCAAAUAUGGAUGAUAUUUUUUAUGUUGCAAUUAUGAUUGUCAUUUUAAAUAGUGCAAAGAAUAAUAAUACGAUUUUAUCAUUAUUACCACCAUAUUGGGUACAACAUCAUCUUUAUUUUAAAGAUAAAUAUCCUGCCUAUUUCCAACAAAAUAUAAUUACCACAGAUACAAAUAAUAAUGUCAAUAAUUAUAGUUUAAAUUCAACUUAUGAAAUGAAAUUAAAAUCACAAGAAGAUUUAACAUUAUUUUUAAAGAAUACAUUAUCAAUGUUGUAUGGUAGUAACAAUGGAAAUGACGAUUCAUUAUAUAGUUUAUUAAAGGUUGGAAAAUUUGAUCAACUUUCAAUCUUGAUGGAAGAAAUUCAAAGAAAUCUUUUACGUAUUUCAAACAUUAAUAGAAUCCUAAAACCAACAUCUGAUUUUUAUUUAAUGUUUAUAAAGGUUUUAAAAAUCAUUAUUCAUAUUAAAAAAGAAUUAUUCUCUUCAAGUAAUAGUCAACAACAUAUUAUUGCAGAGAAAUUGAUAAAGACAUCAUUUAAAAUGCAAGGACUUUUUAUUGGAUUGGACAACAAAAUACAAUCUAUAUUGUAUGAAAUAAGAUUGUAUGGUACUAUAGUCUUGACCAUUUCAAAGAUGUUGAACCUCAAUGAUCCAUCACCAUUUGCAUCUCCACCAUACCCAAGUAAUAUUUUUACCAAUUUACAAUCAUCAAUUAAUAUUUAUAAAACUUUCUUUAAAGAUAAUUUAAUGACAAUACCAGAAAAGAAUCAAGAGAUUAUGGAUACUAUUGGUAAUUAUAUAAUUGAACAACAACAAUCCAAUAUAAAUCAAAGACCAUUUAAAAUGCAAAGAACUGGUAUCAAUACAAGACAACUUUUAUUGGAUAAAUUAAUUAUAUUCUUGAAAGAAUAUCAACUGCCACAGUUAAUGAUACAAAAUCAAAUCAAGAAAAAGGUUGUAAAUACCUUGAUGCCACCAUUUGAAAAACCAAUAGAAUCAUUUGAUAAUCUACCAAUUAAAUUGGUCAUUAAUGCAAAUAUUGAAAAUAUUUCAAAUGUUGAAUAUCUUUAUUUACAAGUAAAUUAUUUAGGUAAAUCACAAUUAUAUACAAUUGGAUCACAAUAUUUUGUACCAAUUAAACCUCUUUCAUAUUCUAUUUGUUUACCAAUUUAUGUAUCACUACCAAAGAGUCAAAAACAAAACAAAGAAAUGGUUCAAUUGACUGUAAAUAUUAUCGAAAUCGUUCCAAUUGAUCCAUAUUCAACCAAAAUAUUAUCAUUUGAACAUAUCAAUGAACAUUUUAAAUUGGUAAACCUAAGAGGUAAUCGUAUCUCUUUUAAUAUAAUAAAUUAA